UUUGUAGCUUUAGACAGAAGAAGAGAAAGAAAGAGCAGUAGCGAAGCCCCACUCCCACUCCCACUCCCACAGUUCCACUCCAUCUCAGUGAUUUCUUUUCUCUCUCUCCUCCUCGCCUCCUCUUUCAAAAUUCUAAGGCGUUCAGAACUUCAGAUCCAUGAAUAUGUUGGCUGGGAAGUGGCCUGUUAGUGGUGCCUGGUGAUCCUGUGACUGGCUCCGCGCUGGUGCCUGGUGGAGUCUUUCCGUGCGUGUUGGAUCUUCUGCCUGCUUCCCCUGCCGCCUUACGUCGUUGCGUUUUGCAGCCUGCAGUCAAAGUAGCGGAGGAGAGUCAGCAUCAGCAAUCACUCCAAUCCCCCCCCCCCCCCAAGGCAGGCGUAAAUUAGCAAGUAGCCACAGAGCUCGUGCCGAGGCUGUCCACCCACCUCAGCUGAGCUAAGAUAAGAAGCUAAGCUGAGCAGCUCUCUGACCAAGAUGGGCAAUUGCGGCACUAGAGAAGAAUCUGCUGUUGUAUCUCAUGCUCAAGUUCAUCAGCUUCACUUGCUAACCUCAUUGCAAGCAGCGGCAGCAACAAAUGGCAAUAGUAGAAAUGGUCAUGGUGGAGCAUUGGAAAAGAAACAGCAGCAUAGUAGCAAUAGGUCAGUUUCAGAUGUGAGCGAUCCUUCAUCUACUCCUCGGUUGAUGGGCGUGGAAGAAGACUCGAGGGAAAACGUGGGACUAUAUACAGAUGUAAUCGCUUUUACAUUGUAUGAGUUGGAGACCAUCACCAAGAGCUUCCGUUCAGACUACAUCCUUGGAGAAGGCGGCUUUGGUACCGUUUACAAGGGUUACAUUGAUGAGAAUGUCCGUGUUGGCCUUAAAUCUCUCCCAGUUGCGGUCAAGGUUCUCAACAAAGAAGGUCUUCAGGGCCACAGGGAAUGGCUUACGGAGGUCAAUUUUCUUGGCCAGCUCAGACAUCCUAAUCUUGUCAAGUUGAUUGGUUAUUGCUGUGAGGAUGACCACCGCUUACUCGUCUACGAGUUCAUGUUUCGAGGAAGCCUUGAAAAUCACCUGUUUCGAAAAGCAGUUGUUCCCUUAUCGUGGUCGACAAGAAUGAUGAUAGCCCUUGGAGCAGCUAAAGGACUUGCCUUCCUUCACAACGCUGAAAGGCCUGUUAUUUAUCGCGAUUUCAAGACAUCUAAUAUACUUCUAGACUCUGAUUAUACGACAAAGCUCUCUGAUUUUGGACUUGCAAAAGCUGGACCCCAGGGGGAUGAGACCCAUGUAUCAACUCGUGUUAUGGGAACCUACGGAUAUGCUGCUCCGGAGUAUGUGAUGACUGGUCAUCUCACAGCUAGAAGUGAUGUUUACAGCUUUGGAGUUGUACUCUUAGAGCUGUUGACAGGAAGAAGAUCGGUUGACAAGACCAGGCCAAGUAAGGAGCAGAACUUGGUGGAUUGGGCUCGACCAAAACUCAAUGACAAGAGAAAACUUUUGCAAAUAAUAGACCCUAGAUUGGAGAGUCAGUACUCGAUACGAGCGGCUCAGAAAGCCUGCAGUUUGGCAUACUAUUGCCUGAGCCAAAAUCCCAAGGCAAGACCCUUGAUGAGUGACGUAGUUGAGACUCUGGAACCUUUACAGAGUAUUGGUGAUGGUGUAGGUGAAAUGUCAUCUACAUCCUCGUCGUUACCAGUAUCAGCAUUCAGAAGUAAGCGCACUACUCAAUUUACCACAAGAGGAAUGUCGGAUUACCCGAUACGACAAAGAUGUCACGAUAAUGUUAGUGCUGCUGCUAGUUGUCGCUCACCUAAUCCAAACUGUUCUCCAAGUGUUCCUGCACCUUGCCGAGUGAGAUGACUAUUAAAUGUUUAGUGUCUACCUUACACGCAACCUUUAUAGCAAGUUAAUCAUCCACCUGCUUGAUGUGAUGUAAAUGGUUUAUUUGAGGUGCUUCCAAUCUAUUAUGCAGAUGGCCAACGUUUGUUUUCUUAUUGCAGCUUUUUCACAUACCAUUCCGUUUUCGGUAAUUCUGACGUUGUUUCGUCAUGAUGACGAACUCGCUCUUACACGCAACCUGUUAUAGCAAGUUAAUCGUUGUUGCA